UCGCGCCGAGCCCGCGGCCUGCGGGAGGGCGCGCGCCUCCUCCCGCCUAGACCAUCCCGGGGGGCGUGUGCGCGCGCCCCAGCGGGCUCAGGACACGCCACCUGCGCCGGAGCGCGCUCAGCCCGAAGCAUCCCCAGCCGUCGGGCCACCCCCGUCUCCUCCGCCGACCCAGCUCCACCUCCCCUCCGCUCCGGUGACUGCUCGCCCGGCGGCAGGGCCUGAGUCGUCGCAGCCACCUCAUUGCACAACCCGGCUUCCCAACUGUUUACACAGCCCGGCCUGUGAGUGUAUGUGUAUACAGCGUGAGUCACCGGGAGGCGGAGGAGGUGGAGGAAAAGGAGAAGGAGGAGUGCACUGGCCGGGAUCGGUGCGGUGCACACACUCACUCACUCACACUCAGUCACCCUCUCCGAGCGCGUCUGUCUCGCGCACACUCACGCCGGGAGCCCGGAGCGCGUAGGAUCCCGAGCGCCGCGGAAAAGUUGGUCCGGCUUUCGCUCCGACACUGCUUGCUUCGGGAAGUGCAUUUGCUCCGUGGCUCCGCCGAGCCUGCGGAAUCCUGUUCUCGCUGCUCCGGACCUCGGAGGCCGCCGCCGCCUCUGCUUCCCCGACUGUCGGCAGCCUCUACAACAAUAGCGAGGCGCCCCGAGCCGGUACCCACGGGGAUCCGGGGACCCGAACCGACCUCCUUGCCCCGGACGCGCGGCCACCGUGGUCCUCGCGUGUACCGCGAGCGCCCGGGAGCGGCUCCAGCUUUGCCCCCCGUGGGGGCAGAACCAAGCUCCGUCUGCAACCUCCAUCCCGCGGGCUGGAGUAAGUCGCGGCGCCGGCGCCGACCACAUUGCGCCUUCCCGCGCCGAUCCGAGGACGUACAAAGCCGGGGCCGCCCCGGCCAGGGACGGGAUGCGGGUCGGUCCCGUGCGCUCUGCCAUGAGCGGUGUCUCGCAGCCCCGCGCUCCGGCCUUGCUGCUCCCGGUCGGCCGGGGCUCCCCGGCCAAACGCCUGCUGGACGCGGACGACGCGGCGGCCGUGGCGGCCAAGUGCCCACGUCUCUCCGAGUGCUCUAGCCCCCCGGACUACCUCAGCCCCCCUGGCUCUCCCUGCAGCCCGCAGCCUCCGCCCGCCGCUCCGGGGGCUGGCGGCGGCUCCGGGAGCGCGCCGGGGCCCAGCCGCAUCGCCGACUACCUGCUGCUGCCCCUGGCCGAGCGCGAGCAUGUGUCCCGGGCGCUGUGCCUCCACACCGGCCGCGAGCUGCGCUGCAAGGUGUUUCCCAUUAAACACUACCAGGACAGAAUCCGGCCUUACAUCCAGCUGCCCUCACACAGGAACAUCACUGGCAUUGUGGAAGUGAUCCUUGGGGAAACCAAAGCCUAUGUCUUCUUUGAGAGGGACUUUGGGGACAUGCACUCCUACGUGCGCAGCCGGAAGAGGCUGCGGGAAGAGGAGGCUGCCCGGCUCUUCAAGCAGAUCGUCUCUGCCGUUGCCCACUGCCACCAGUCAGCCAUCGUGCUGGGGGACCUAAAGCUUAGGAAAUUUGUCUUCUCCACGGAGGAGAGAACCCAGCUCAGACUGGAAAGUCUAGAAGAUACACACAUAAUUAAGGGAGAAGAUGAUGCUUUGUCAGACAAACACGGCUGCCCAGCCUACGUGAGCCCCGAGAUCCUCAACACCACAGGGACCUACUCCGGAAAGGCGGCGGACGUUUGGAGCCUCGGGGUGAUGCUCUACACCCUUUUGGUGGGACGCUACCCCUUCCAUGACUCAGACCCCAGUGCCCUUUUCUCCAAAAUCCGACGUGGACAGUUCUGCAUUCCUGACCACAUUUCCCCCAAAGCCAGGUGCCUCAUUCGCAGCCUCCUGAGACGGGAGCCUUCAGAAAGACUCACUGCUCCAGAGAUCUUACUCCAUCCCUGGUUCGAGUCUGUCUUGGAACCUGGGUACGUCGACUCAGAAAUAGGAACUUCCGACCAGAUUGUUCCAGAGUACCAGGAGGACAGUGACAUCAGUUCCUUCUUCUGCUAAUCCCCAAACCUCAGAAACCUCAUAAUUCUCACACAUGGCAUUUCCAUUUCUAAAGAUGGACAGGCCUUUCGGCGUCUGGCCAGCCAGACACGUGAUGGCAUAAAGACUGUCGCUGCUGAAUUCAACAUGGCGCCCUCUUUCUUAUCUGUCCUGAUGAGUGACUGUGGAGGAGAGCAGCAUACACUCUGAUUGGCUGCCCUGCAGAGUCGUUUCCCUUAACGAACCUUCGCCAACUGUCCCUCUGUCAGAUCUGGGGGUUCCGCAUCUUUUAUAGGUGGCAAGGAGUAUGGAUAUCCUACAGCAUGUGAUCAAGUGAAAUGAACAUUCUAAAGGGAGAGGAAAUGAAUCGCACAAUGGCAUUUUGGGCGAUAACCAUAUUUUUAACAGGGUGACAAAUAAUUUGGGCCAAUAAACCUGCCAUCUUCGAACUUGUCUUUGGUAGCCAGACUUUUGCUACCCUAGCUUCUCUGAUCGGAAAGUGGUUUUUUUCUGGUUUGGUUUAACACUCACCCUUUCUUCAUCUUUUUGGAGCAGACUGUUUCCGGGGCCUAGGAGCCUGCCUGAACCAUGAACCCAGAAUUUCUCCUCCAUUCCCUGCCAAGACCUCAUUUGCACUAAUGCCUUCUUUCUGACCUUGAAAUGCGCCCUCCCACCCCUUCACUAUAAAAGCACUUACCAGCUAACUGUGGAAAAGUAUCAUAAAAGAUUCAAACUCCUGGCUAUUUUAGAACUCUGAGCUCAGACAGAGAGACUGGAGACUUUUAACAAGGAUUUGAGCACUUGGAAACCAUUAGCUUUCUUGGUUCCCCUCAAAUAUGUUAGCAUUUAUCCUUUACUUUUUUCCCCAAGACCAUCUCAGGGUGGAGCAUUUUGUCUAGGAGGAGAAGAUAAGAAGGCUCUCCACUCCCUCUCCCAAGAGCAAAUGUUAAACAUCUUUGUGCUUCAGAGAAAGUGAAUUUUGGGUAGUCUUAGAUGGUUCUCAGACGAACUUCCAGAAUUAUACUUUAACCACCCCCAUGGGUAUGGUCUGCAGUUUUGCAUGACAGGUGGUUAAUAUUUCAGAUGUGGUGUGGUUUAUGAAUACAUCUGUAUCAUCAGUAUCUGGGAUGAAAUAGCAAGCCCCAAAUCUUUAAACUUGAAAGGGACGUUAAAAGUCAUCUGGUCCAACUUCUUUUGUUUCUCUGCCACCUCCCAAUGCAGAAAUCCGCCCCCCCCACCACACAGCUUCUUUCACAGGUGGGUCUGCAACCUCUGUUUGAAUGCUUCCAGAGAUGGGAACUCACUACCUACAAAAGAUAGAGCUUAACAAAGAAACUGCAACUUGCAUUAAAAAAACAAGUACAGAUGAAAUAUCAGUCAAUGUCUCAGACAGUACUGAAAUCGGGUGAUUAAACGGGUAAACCAAACAUACUGUAUUUUGAGAAAUGGCACAAAAACAGGCAGUCACUUUUAAGGGCUACGCCUAGGCAAACUACUAACAUGCAUUGUGAGAAUACCGUGUAUACCUCACGUACUGUGUACUUUGUACAUAUAGUGUACCUUUUAUACAUAUGUCCGAUUUUUUUUGUUGUUGUUUUGGCUCUGACGCUUGUUCUGUUGUCUGUGUCUGUCUGAAUAACCUGCGUGUCUAAGACCACGUGAAAUGUGAAUGAUCAUUGGCAAUAUUACCUUGACAGAAUCAUGGGACUUGGAGAAGAGGGAGGACAGAAGCCUCUGUCCCACUAACGCUCUCGUGGUUGCUUGAAUGUUGUAUCUGUGAUACAUGACCUGGCUAAGGACUCUGGGCUGGCUGGGGCUUCGAAACACUAGAUCCUUCCUGUACAUGUGUAUAUAUGUGAGACGGCUGUUUCUGACUUGUAGAGAAAUUUUAAUAAAUCUGGUUUCGUAAAUAGG